AUGGAUCCGUCCGCCGCCGGCGCCGGCGCCUCGCGGCGGAAGGCGGAGCAGUGGUUGAACGUGGCUGAGAAGCUCCUGGUGGCGCGCGACCUUGAAGGGUGCAAGCAGUUCGCCUCGCAGGCCCUGGCCGCCGAUCCCCACACCCCGGGCGCCGACAACCUCCACGCCGCCGCCGGCUCCCUCCUGGCAGCCCAGCGGCGCCGCCUCCCCAACGGUCAGCCUGAUCCCUACGGCGUCCUUGGUCUGGAUCCCGCAAACCCCGCAUCACGCCGACCGGAUGCCAUCCACUCACAAUACCGCCGCCUCUCUUUCCUCCUCAAUCGCUCCCACCCCGACCGCCCCUCCUCGUUCGCCUUCGCCGAAGCCGCACGCCUCGUCGCUGAUGCCUGGGCUUUCCUCUCUGAUCCCGUUCAUAAAUCGGCCCUCGACGCGGACCUCGAUGCCGCCGCCGCAGCUCGCGCGUACCAAUCUCCUCCAAAUCUACCGCAGCUGCACUCGCAGUCACCUCUGCCUGCACGGCUAACUCCGCCGGUGGCUGCUCCCUCUCCACGCCAAACUCCACUGCCUGCUGCUCCCUCCCCGCGGUCGACUCCGCCGCUGGUUUCUCCCUCUCCGCGGGCAACAUCACCGCCGGUUGCUUCCCCUGCACGGCAAACUCAGCGGCCGGUUGCCCCCCAAACACGGCCAGCACCGCUGCCGGCUGCUUCUGCUCCACGGUCUACUCCACCACCACCGGUUGCUCCUCAAACACGGUCAACACCGCCGCCAGCUGCUCCCGCUCCACGGCCUACUCCACCACCACCUGUUGUUCCCCAAACACGGUCAAGUACACUGCAGCCGAGUACUCCCCAAACGCCGGUGGCUGCAACUGUCCCAGCAGUGAAGUCUGGUGCGGCACCUUCAUCAACGUUCUGGACAGUGUGCUCGGCCUGCUGCCACAUUCACCAGUUCGACUGCCAAUAUGAGACGCGCAAGUUGCUGUGCCCUAGCUGCCGUCAGCCAUUUGUGGCCAAGGCAAUGGCUGAGCCACCGCCUAUUGUGCCGGGCACCGACAUGUAUUACUGCACUUGGGGCUUCUUCCCCUUUGGGUUCCCUGGGUGUCCUGGCUUUGAAAGAAUGGUCAAUGCACAGCCAUCGGGACUAGAUCAGCUGAAUGCGCCAUGGCUUGGAAGCACAGGUGGUGUGAAAGGUAAUGCUCAGAAUGGGGUGCCACCAGUUAGUGCCCCAGUAGUAGAGGUACCAGUCGAGGUUCCUGUAGAGGUGCCGGCAGUGACACCGCCAGCGAAGCCGAUGCGAGUGAAGGUGGGUGCGAAGAAGCGUGGUCGCCCGAAGGGUAGCAAGAACAAGAAGAAAUUAUGA